AUGUUACAAGCAACUUUACCCAUAGCAUCUCACUUAAAGAGCAGUAUCGAUCUAGUAAUCAAAGUAUGCUUGGAGCUUUUUUUUGAAAUUCUUUUUUAUCUCAAAUAGUUUCCUAAACACAUGUAAAAGCAAUUUGUUUAUGAAUUAUUGAUUAAAUUCUAUAGAGUAACUUAGGAAUAUAAAGAUAAGAUCUUUUAAUAAAGAUUUCACUAUUAUUCUAGCUUCGUGUGGUUCGUUGAUAAAAGUCUAUAGCAUGACAAGGGGAAAUUAAAAUAUAUAUCACCCUCCAAUGAACAUAAAUGUAAAUGUUUGGCCUUUAAUUUUAUGAUGACAUCUGGAAUAUUUCCAUCUAAUGGUUUAGCAACAAAAUUAUAAUAUAAUAAUAAAAUUAACCUUAAGCAACAAGAAUUAAUGGGACAUCUUUAUCUAAUUCUAUAUUUUUUGAUGGAUAGAAAAAAAGAUCGUUUUAUUUCAAAUAAUAAAGAUUGUGUAUUAAUUUUUUUGUUUAUUAGAAUGAUUAGAAAUUAUAAUAAUCCUUAUAAAACAGUCUUCAUACAAUAGCCUAACAACAAUAUAAUCAAUUGGUUUCUUAUUUGA